AUGAACCGUUUGCUCUUGGUGGCUUGGUUGGUACUACUUUUGUUGGGUAAGCUGAGCGCGAUUCCAAGCUUCUGUACAUAUAAUUUAUAUCCAUCUGAAGUGCAUGGUCUGCAUGGCGAUUGUCAAUUUUAUCGCCACAUGGUGGAGGGCUCCAACCGAAUAUUUAUUUAUUCCGACUCAACUGGCGUCUAUCAACUGCAGCGUUCUGAGUUUGUGCCCCGAGGGGUUACUCUUUUUGCAUUCUGUUCGGAGACCGAUGUAUUGGAGUCUACUUGCCAGAAUAAUGAUCAGUUCUCAUUGCCACUGCCUCUGAGCUGCAGCAAUCCCAUGAAUCCUGUUGUGAAGCAAAUCAGCGACAAUUCCUGCAAGGCGUCAAUGUACGCCGUUGGUUAUGUCAUUGGCAACAGGAUGCUGGAACUUUAUCGCUCCUGCUUCGAUGCCAAGAAUGGGCGCGUGUUGUAUUCGGAAAGCGAUGUCUACUAUAAGUCCUUCUUUGCAAAACGUCCCUUUACGGAUUUUCAGACUGAUGGUCUCUUCACGCCCGCUGAAGCAGCUUCCUAUGCGAAGCACAAUAUUUAUGAAUCAUUUAACUGCAUUUUUGGCAAUAGCCAGUCCUAUAUACCCGCCCGUGCGCUGGUUAUAAACCGAGGGCAUCUGGUCGCGUCGGCCGACUUCCUAUUUCUCGACCAAAUGGCCAGCACCUUUCGUUAUCUCAACGUUGUGCUGCAGUUCAAGAGCAUUAACGAUGGGAAUUGGGAGAAAAUAGAGCGUUGGGUGCGCAGUCAGAUUCCGAACACAAGUUGCUUUCGUAUAAGGACCGGUGGCAUAAAUGUUCUUCAGCUGACGAACGAAGCAAACGAGGCGUGCAAUGCCUGUUUAGCUGGCAACAAAAUUCCAGUGCCUGAGUGGACCUACAAAGUAGUUAAAGCUGCCAAUGGGAAACCUAUCCAUGCCUUCCUGACCUACAACAACAUCUUUGAACGGGAACGGCCAGCUGCUCCUUCAUUUUGCAGUUGCGUAGAAUGUCCCACGAGAUUGCCAAAUACACCCCAGGAUGGAUUCACCUUUUGCUGUGAUCCCGAGAGCUUCGGAUUAUAAUACCAAUACUUGUCCGAUUUUCAGCAUUUGCAUUAAUAUUGAUUAAACAACACUAUAAAUUUUCAGUCAUAAUAGAUGCUUGAUUUUAUUAGUA